CGUUUUGAUAAAGGCUCCGAACUGAAUACAUAUAUAAAUUGAUAAAGAGUGAUGUGCCAAAGUUAGUCGUAAUACUACAAGCUUGCGAUACGUUUCUCAACGAAAGGUGCGUGUAAUGAAUGUGUUUACUUUCGCGUUUGCCUUUUUGGCAUGCUCCUUGCAUCUCAGCGAAUCUUGGAUCGUUGACCCUGGGCCUACAGUUAUAGCAACCAAGGGUGAAGUUUGGCCUAAGCCGCAAGGUCAAGAAAAAUAUGAAGAAUAUUUCCAUUUGGAUAAGUCGCAAUUCAAAUUUUCAAGUACUGGAAAAACUUGUUCGCUUCUUGAAGACGCAACAACAAGAUACUACAAAUUAAUCGAAAAACUUAGCUCUAUUGCAAAAAAAUACGAAAGAAAAAUCAAAAACAAAAAGUUACAGAAAGGAUCUUUAGGAGGACUUUCAACGUUAGAAAUUAAUUUAAUAAACGCUUGUACUGGUUCAGAAUAUCCCAGUUUAAAUAAAGAAGCUGAAAAGUAUAACCUAUCUAUUCCAUCGACAUCUGGUGGUAAAGCUCAAUUAACUGCUGAUAACAUUUGGGGUAUUUUAAGAGGAUUAGAAAGUUUCAGUCAACUUCUUUACAUCAAUAAUGGCGAUGUUAAUAUCUAUCUUAACGCAACAACAAUCAAUGAUUUUCCAAGAUUCGGUCAUAGAGGAAUCCUUUUGGACAGCUCAAGACAUUUCCAACCUUUAUCAAUUAUUUACAAAUUAUUAGAUGCGAUGGAGUACAAUAAAAUCAACGUAUUUCAUUGGCACAUCGUUGACGAUCAAAGUUUUCCUUACGAAAGUACAGCUUUCCCUGAACUAAGCGAACAAGGAUCUUAUCACCCAACAGGUGCGGUGUAUACAAGAACUGACGUAAAAAAUGUAAUAGAAUACGCUCGGGUAAGAGGAGUUAGAGUUAUGGUUGAAUUUGAUAUGCCCGGACACACAAGAUCAUGGGGUGUAGCAAUGCCAGAACUUUUAACUGGUUGUUUUGAAAAUGGUGUACCAACAAAUCAAUAUGGCCCCAUGGAUCCAUCAAGAGAAUUUGUUUAUUCAUUCCUAAACGAUUUCUUAACAGAAGCCCAACAAACUUUCCCAGAACAAUACAUGCAUCUCGGUGGUGAUGAAGUAUCUUAUGAUUGUUGGGAAACAAACCCAGAUUUAAAUAGUUGGAUGGACUCAAAGGGAAUGUCCGGCGAUUACAAAGCGGUUGAAAGAUAUUUUAUGGAAAGGGUGUUAGCCAUAGUCCAACCAAAAGGAAUUGUUCCGGUUGUUUGGGAAGAAUCCUUCGUUGCCGGUACAAAAUUAACUCCCGAAACGAUUGUUCAAGUUUGGUAUGGAGGAUAUCCUUCAUUAAAGAAAGUUGUAGAAGCGGGCCAACCCGCUUUGUUAUCAUCAUGCUGGUAUUUAGACCACUUGGCUACCGGUGGUGAUUGGAAAAAAUAUUACGAUUGUGACCCUCACAAUUUUGAUGGUACAAAUGAACAAAAAAAUUUAGUUAUGGGAGGCGAAGCUUGUAUGUGGGCUGAAGUAGUUGAUCAAAAUAACGUUUUAUCGAGAAUUUGGCCAAGAGCAAGCGCCGUAGCUGAGAAAUUAUGGUCUAGUUAUAACGCCGAUGAAUAUGAAAAUGUUCAAAAAAGAUUAGAAGAACACUCUUGCCGUAUGAAUAGAAGAGAUAUUCCCGCGCAACCACCAAAUCACGCCGGUUUUUGUUUAAUGUAAUAAUUCAAAUCUUGUAAAAUUUAAUCUUAAUAAAAAGAUCAAAUUUUUUAUUAA